AGCAAAGUUGGCGGCUCAAGGAUGAGUCAGCGGAUUGGCCCGUUUCAGCCAGAACUAAAUUUCUGUGUAGCACACCGAGCCGUUAGUUUAGUGGGGCAAGGGAAGGAAAAGAAGAACACCCAACUCCGUCCCCGACCGGCCUGCUCAAACCAACCACGUCGACUGUAUCGUCUAGGAUGAAUUGAUGUAUUCUUGCAGAGAGAUUGACGAUAAUGCCCUCCCGCCGUUACUUCUAGAAUACUAAGGAAACCGGAAUCCACGAAUCGAUCCCCUCAGAAGCAAAAAAAGGGCACCACAUGAAUCCAACGAUCCGCAGUCCUCCGGAGCACUUUCUGUUAUCCCGUUUAUGCGUCGCACCGUGCAGAGCCUUGUCGCUGCCCGGCAUCUCCUGCUGCCGCCCCCGUCGUCCCCUGUCGCCGUCUCGAACUCUGUCGCCGUCCGCUACCACCGCAGCCCUACGAUGACAUUGGCCCUGAUGGGGUGGGGGAGUGGCUGGGUAUGUGCCGACUGCCGCCGGCAUAUCUCCACCGAAUCAUCCACCUCUACUCAUCUGUCGACGACACAGCAGCAGCGAAGGAAACCCGGACGGAGGGGUACGCACACGCUUUCCCACGAGUUUGAGGAGCUGGGGGUUGUUUGGGACGGUGCGACGCAGAGACCGAAGAAGCGGCCACAUCAAGGGCAGACUGAGGAUGCGAAGCCAACUAGAGCCCGGCUGGGGUUGCGGCCACUCUCGGAGUUUGUGGAGGACACGAUGCGGUUAUCGCCCGAGCUGCCAGGGAAGCUACGGGAGAGGGUGCAGGAUAGCUUUGAAUGGCUACGGCGGGAAUCCGAUGUAACGGCGCCCAGUACCCAUCUCCUCGUCGACCAACCCGAUUACAGGAGGAAUUGGGAGCUGUGGGAGAGUCUACUUGUGUUUAGAAAGCGGGUGUAUCGGGAGCGUGGCGUGAUGGAUAUGUGGAAGGGGAUGCGGAUGCGGGAGGUUGAUCUACCAACGCUGGGAAGAGAUUCCGAUAUUUUGUGGGGAAUAUUCUUGGAAACGGCGUUGAAGGAUGACGCGUUUUUGGAGGAGCUGAUUGAUUACGCGCAUGACCUCUCGGAGCGGACGAACGGGUUAAGACAGUGGUCACGGCUGUACGAUCAGAUUAUCCUGCAUCAUCUCGUCAAUCUGUCACCGAGAACACUGGCCUGGCAUUGGCGACUGUUUCCCACAUUCACAUCACGGUCGUGGGCCAGACUUUUUGCGAGGGCGACUGAAAUGCAGCCGGAUAAACUGGGACAGGAUUGUGGGCGAAAGAUUCAUGCGACGGUAUCGAACCCGAGGGCAUAUGAGGGAGUGAUCCGGUACCUGUGCAGUAAUGAGCAGUUCCUCGAAGCAUUACAUUGGCAUCGACAUUUCCUUUUGUUCUACGACCUACCGCCAGACUCUUCGGCGGCUGAUGAGUUAGUGGCAUGGACGGCGAGCACAGGCUCAAUACGCGAACUGCAGUCAUUGCUCUGGAGUUUACAUUCCGCGGGAAUAAAGAUGGUCGAGUCCACUUUUGUGGCUGCAAUCACUCAGAGGCGAGCACCAGCCGAGGCAAUCGAUAUGUUGCUCGGGCCCGAGUGCGGUAUCUCCAUCGAAGCCAUGGGAGACACAUUCUGGAGUGCCCUGUUCGAGACGUCACUCUCGCCUACCGAGGUAUUUGAGUACGCGCUGCUGCACGGUAAAGGGUGCGUCGUAGGCGUGGCGACACUGUGGAAAGCGAUGGGAGCGCUUGACCGUGGUAUGAAAGAUACAACGCGUAUGCUGGAGCUCGCUGGGCUCGUUGUACAGCUGGAGGUCGCCGACCUUGAGACGUUAUCUUCUAACGCAUCGGUCCAAAAACCGAACCCCCACUUUAAACCAAACGAGACGUUACAAAUCCUCCUCCGAACCCACCAAAUCCGCGCUGCCUUAAGCUUUGUUCAAAUCUUACAAGACAGGGGAAUCCCGCUCUCCUCGGGCUCCAUCACCCUAAUGGUGGAAACACUACUUCGGCCUCGACGUCCCGGAAAGAACCCCUUCAGCGGACCACACAUAUUUCCGCCGGGUAAAGACAUCGACACAGUGAUAAUGCUUCUCCUCUCACUCCAUCGUUCUGGAACCAACAUCCCACCACAUACCUGGAGCGAACUAUUCCGACGCUUAGGCAAGACGCAACGCCUCCACGAACUUGAAAGACUAAUCUUCGCGCUCAUCGGUAUCUACCGCCGCCCGAAUAUCCCGGUCACGAGCAAGGCCAAUCCCCUCCGCCGAGUGUUUGGCCCUAAGCUUUUGAGGGCCCUGGUCGAAUGGGGUUUCCUCCACCAAAGGAAGCGCACAUGGGGCGUCACUCUUGUGCGGAAGAUGCGCGAUUCGGGUGUGCACGUCGAUAAUAAGAGUGUCGCCCGUGCGGUUAGGGUUCGAGCUAGGGCAUUAGAUCUAGAAGUGCAGAAGGCGGGGGAGUUGCUGAAAGAGGUUGUGGAGGAGUGGGGGGAGGGGCUAGGGAGCGUUGAGAUUCUCAUGAAGGAUAUAGAGGAGUGGGAGAGGUUGGAGUGGGAGAGGGAGGAUGCGGAAUGGGUAGGACGGGAGUCGAGGGUGUAUAAUUGUCGGUCUAGAUAACAUCUGUUGGCAUUCAGGUUAGAUUGAAGAUGUAUCAUGUACAUAUGUAUGGCUAAAAUACUAGGUUUUGGCCCGACCGUUCGUAAUACCAGCACUGGGCGCCUUACCUGUC